AUGAGCUACGGAAAGAGGGACGAGGACGCCGACCUAGGCCUGGUCAAGGUCGACCGCACCCAGGUCUUCCAGGAAGCGCGACUCUUCAACAGCUCCCCCAUCCAACCUCGACGAUGUCGCAUUCUCCUGACAAAGAUUGCGCUCCUUCUCUACAACGGCGAGAGGUUCCCGUCCAACGAAGCCACCACCCUCUUCUUUGGCAUCUCCAAGCUGUUCCAGAACAAGGAUGCCAGCCUCAGACAAAUGGUCCACCUUGUCAUCAAGGAGCUGGCCAACUGCGCCGAGGAUAUCAUCAUGGUUACCAGCACCAUCAUGAAGGAUACUGGCGGCGGCAGCGACGCCAUUUUCCGCCCCAAUGCCAUCCGGGCCCUCUGCCGCAUUAUCGAUGCAACAACAGUACAAUCGAUUGAGCGCGUCAUGAAGACUGCCAUUGUGGAUAAGAACCCCUCGGUGUCUUCCGCGGCACUCGUCUCGUCAUACCACCUCCUUCCGAUAGCCAAAGACGUCGUGCGCCGGUGGCAGAGCGAGACGCAAGAGGCCGCCGCUUCUACCAAGUCAGGCGGCGGCUUCUCGCUGGGCUUUUCGUCGUCGAGCGGCCAGAUGCCCAUGAACAACUCCACCAUGACCCAAUACCACGCAAUCGGCCUGCUAUAUCAGAUGCGCAUGCACGAUAGGAUGGCUCUGGUCAAGAUGGUCCAGCAGUUUGGGGCCGCAGGCGCUGUCAAGAGCCCUGCCGCAACCGUCAUGCUCGUCCGGCUUGCUUCCCAACUGGCUGAGGAGGACGCCUCGCUGCGGAAACCAAUGAAGCAACUACUAGACGGUUGGUUGCGACACAAGAGCGAAAUGGUCAACUUCGAGGCUGCCAAGGCCAUCUGCGACAUGAGGGAUGUCACGGACAACGAGGUCGCCCAGGCUGUCCACGUUCUGCAGCUGUUCUUGAGCUCGCCGAGAGCUGUCACCAAGUUUGCGGCUCUCCGGAUCCUCCACCGCUUUGCCUCGUUCAAACCCAGUGCCGUUGCCGCUUGCAAUCCCGACAUCGAACUUCUCAUCUCCAAUAGCAACCGAUCGAUUGCUACCUUUGCCAUCACUACGCUGCUCAAGACCGGCAACGAGGCCAGCGUGGAUCGGUUGAUGAAGCAGAUAUCCGGCUUCAUGUCGGAGAUCACCGACGAGUUCAAGGUCACCAUCGUCGAGGCCAUCCGCACACUCUGUCUCAAAUUCCCCAGCAAACAGGCCGGCAUGUUGACUUUCCUCAGCGGCAUUCUUCGCGACGAGGGUGGGUACGAGUUCAAACGGGCUGUGGUCGAGAGCAUGUUCGACUUGAUCAAAUUUGUGCCGGAUUCCAAGGAAGAGGCUCUGGCCCAUCUUUGCGAAUUCAUCGAAGAUUGCGAGUUCACCAAGCUCGCCGUUCGCAUCCUGCACCUGAUCGGGCUAGAGGGACCCAAGACGGCUCAGCCCACCAAGUACAUUCGCUACAUCUACAACCGGGUGGUGCUGGAGAAUGCCAUCGUCCGAGCUGCCGCCGUCACGGCCCUGGCCAAGUUUGGCGUCGGUCAGAAGGAUCCCGAUGUCAAGGCCAGUGUCCAGGUGCUUCUCACGCGAUGUCUGGACGACGUGGAUGACGAGGUCCGAGAUCGCGCCGCCUUGAACUUGAAGCUCAUGGGCGAAGAGGAUGACGACAUGGCGCAAAACUUCGUCAAGAACGAAAACAUGUUUUCGCUCCCUGUCUUUGAGCACCAGCUAGUCAUGUAUGUGACUUCAGACGACAAGUCGGGCUUUGACGACCCAUUCGACAUCACCAAGAUCCCCGUGGUCACCCGGGAGCAGGCCGAUGCAGAGGACAGGACGAAGAAGCUUACUGCGACGGCACCGACGCUCAAGGCACCCACCGUCAACCCUGCCAAGGCGCCCGCAAGCGGAGCGGAGGCUGCGGCGUCUGCCUCUGCCCAGGCACAGCGCUACGCCGAAGAACUGAUGCGGAUCCCGGAGAUGAAGGAGUUUGGCAGCGUGCUCAAGUCGUCGCCGGUCCUCGAGUUGACCGAAGCAGAGACCGAAUACGUGGUGACUGUGGUCAAGCACAUCUUCAAGGAGCACAUUGUUCUCCAGUACGAGGUCAAGAACACCCUUCCAGACACGGUGCUGGAAAACGUCUCCAUGGUCGCCACCCCCGCCGAGGACGAAGAGCUCGAGGAGGUCUUUAUCAUUCAAGCCGAGAGACUGCCUACGAACGAGCCCGGCAAGGUGUACGUGGCGUUCAAGAAGGCGGCCGGGGAAGGGUCGAUGCCCGUGUCAUCCUUGUCCAACGUUCUCAAGUUUACUAGCAAGGAGAUUGACCCGUCGACCAACGAGCCUGAGGAGUCGGGAUACGACGACGAGUACGAGGUGUCCGAGUUUGACCUGACGGGCAGCGACUACAUCAUUCCGACGUAUGCCAGCAACUUCAACCAUCUGUGGGAGCAGAUUGGGGCCUCGGGCGAGCAAGCAGAAGAGACGCUGCAGCUGAGCGGCCUCAAGAGCAUCGCAGAUGCAACGGAGCAGCUGGCCAAGACGCUGUCGCUGCAGCCACUGGACGGCACCGACGUGCCGGUCAACCAGAGCACGCACACGCUCAAGCUCCUCGGCAAGACUGUCGGCGGGGGCAGGGUGGUGGCGACGGUGCGAAUGGCUUACUCGUCAAAAUCGGGCGUGACGACCAAGAUUACUGUGCGCAGCGAGGAGGAGAAUGUGGCGGCCUUGGUGGUUGCAUCCGUGGCAUAA